GAGGAUGAGGAGAAGGAGGAGGCAGAAGAGGAGGAGGAAGAUGACAAGGAAAAAGUGGAAGAAGAGAAGGAGGAGAAGGAGGAUGAGGAGAAGGAGAAGGCUGACCAGAAGGAGAAGGAGGAGGCUGACCAGGAGGAGGCGGAAGAGGAGGUGGCUGACCAGGAGAAGGCUGACCCAGAGAAGGCUGACCCGGACAAGGCUGACCCGGACAAGGCUGACCCGGACAAGGCUGACCCGGACAAGGCGGAAGAGGAGGAGAAGGUGGAAAAAGAACAGAAAGAACAGGGGGAGGAGGAGGAGGAGGAUAAAGAACAGGAGGGUAAAGAGAAAACAGAGUAA